AUGGGGAAGACAAGGAGUAUGCUUAGAAAAAAGAAGUAUGACGAGGCACGUAGCAGGAUUAUAAUAAAUGGUGGUGUGGGAUCUUGGUCAGAUCUUAAUCAUGAUAUACUUUUCUUAGUUAUGAUGAAGCUUGAAUUCGUUGAUUUCAUUGCAUUUAGUGGAGUUUGCAAUUCAUGGAGAUCAUUUGCAGUCUCUAACAGGAACAGUUUUAUGGUGUCCAUACCACCCAUGCCCAUAUCUAUAUCUAACUCUACCACCGAUGCUAAUGAGAAACAAUACUACCUAAAGGACUCUCAAGGAAGAAAGAUGAAAACCAUUGUUCCUCAUUCUGCUAAGAGGUCGUGUAUUGGAGUAACAUGUGGUUACUUGAUUUUGUCGGGUGUGGAAACCAAAGACUUCUGGCUUGUGAAUCUUAUCACAAGGCAUGAACUUCAUUUCCCUGAUGUGCCCGAUGAAUACUUUUGUUGCCAUCGAGAUGCCAAGGGAAAGCGAGAAUGGACUUGUGUAUCCUCCCCUUUCAGCAUUGAUGAUUUAGUUGCUUUCAAAGGGAAGAUAUAUACCUUACAUGCCACGGGGAUAUGUGAAAUGAAACUCUAUCCUGAGCCUAAAUUGGUGUUACUCGAAACCAAGAAUAUUCUGAACCUAGAUUCCAGAUUUAUGGAAUUUGUGACGUCUGGUGAAAAUCUUUAUGUGAUAGAUCAGUUAUCUAAACAUCCAUACACGAUUCUUGAAAUAGAUCUUGACCAAAUGAAAUGGGUGUCACCUAAAAAGACAUGUGAAGAAUAUGUCUUCUUUCGUAGCAACACAGACUCUGCUAACCAUCGCUCACUAUAUGACGGGAGAUAUGUUGUUGAAGAUAAAAAUGGAAAGGGUGGGUGUCUUUAUGCAAACAUGUGGUAUUUCUUCUUUGAUUGUUUGAAUGUUGAUAUCAUACACGAGUGA